AUGGCCCAGGCUGCCAGUGCCUCUAUCAGGGGCUCUGAGAAACCCCGAGUCUCGCCCAUCAAUCCGAAAAAAGUGCCGCCACGAUCGUCGUCCAUCACAGAACGAUCUUCCUCGCUCCCGAGAGUGUCCAGAGACGCUGUGGAGAUGCGCAAAAAGCUGGCUGAGACGGAGGAGAAGCUCCGGAAGUCGGACGCUCGUGUUACAAAGCUCCUGGCCCAGCAGAAGACACAGCUCAAGUCGCUUCCUCGAACUGUUGUCGCUGAUGGAGAUAAGGACUCCAUGAUUGCCAGCUUGCAAGAGAAGGUGGCUGAUCUGGAACUUGAGCUCGAGAACGCCGAAUAUUGUGAGUCCACCAACCACGCAGAGACCUUCAUGCCCAUGAUCAAUGAUCUGCAGAUGCAGCUAACGGCAGCUCGAAAGGAGAACGAACGGGUCAGAGAGCAGCUUGAAACUGCACGUGCUGACUCGCGACAGGCGUCCUCGCAGACUAACAAUGAUGACGAUGAGGAAGACUAUAAGGUGCCCGACUUGGCACAGUCGGAGGCCAUUCGGUACUCCAACCAUGUCAAUGAAGAGGAGCUCACGGCACGCAACUUUGAGCUGGAGGCCCAAGUAAACGCUCUGGAGCAGCAGGUGGAGAGUCUGACCUCAAAGUUGGAGUUGCAGAGCCUGGAGCACGAGACAGCUAUCGCCAAACAGACAAUCUUACACAAGGAGGAACUGGAGAAAACCGAGCUGGCUCUGCAUGCCCGGGAGUCGGAAAUGUCCAAGCUCAAUCUGGAGCUGGAGUCGGUGCAGUCUCGCAUGUCGCAGUUGGACAAGGAUCUGAGGCGGCAGCAAACCCAGUCUUUGGAUCUCAAAAUGACUCUGGAGACAAAGGCUAUGGAGAACGAUGAGUUGAGACGGUCACUGAUUCGGGUGGCUGAAGAUACUCCGGAGCUGGACAAGGCUGUCAACCGACGGUCUAUUGUCAUGGCCAGCCCAGCCAUGGAAGGAAGCAAGUGGCAGGUUGAGUGA